AUGCUUGCAACUUCUAGCGCAUAUCCGUCUAAAAUCCUCGGGGUCGACUACAACAAUCAACUCGCGGUCCUUUACACUUUGAAGAAGCAAUCAAAACGUCCAUUGACAUUGACCGAGAAACUACUCUAUAGCCACUUGAUCGUGGAUGGAGGCCGUGAGUGGGACCUGGAGAAAAUCGAUCGCGGAAAGACUAUACUUGAGCUUCGACCAGAUCGUAUUGCCUGUCACGAUGCCACUGCUACGAUGGCUCUGCUUCAAUUCAUCAGCGCCGGUCUUCCCCGUGUGAGAACCCCAACGACAGUACAUAGCGACCACCUUAUUAUUUCCGAGAAGGGCGCAACGGAGGAUCUACAGCGCGCUGCGUCGGAACACGCAGAGGUUUAUGACUUCCUCAGCAGCGCGUCAAGAAAAUAUGGCAUUGGGUUUUGGAAACCUGGUUCAGGAAUCAUCCACACUGUGAUUUUUGAGAACUACGGAAUGCCUGGUGGAUUGAUUAUCGGAACUGAUUCGCACACACCGAAUGCUGGAGGAUUGGGAAUGCUUGGUAUUGGAGUUGGAGGCGCUGAUGCUGUGGAUGCUAUGUCAGGAAUGCCAUGGGAACUCGUUGCUCCCAAGGUGAUUGGUGUCAAUCUGACAGGCACUCAAACACUGGGAGCAACGGCAAUGGCCACUAUUUGCAACAUGUCGGCAGAGAUCGGCUCUACAUCUUGCAUCUUCCCCCACUCACCAGCAAUGGGUCGUUACCUAUCAGCGACAAAGCGCGAAUAUGUGGCACAGGCGGCCAACGAAGUGCGGGAUGUUCUUCUCACAGCCGAUGAAGGAUCCCAAGAAUACUAUGAUCGCAUUAUUGACAUCGAUCUCUCUACCCUCGAACCGCACAUUAACGGCCCAUUUACGCCUGAUCUUGCCCAUCCACUAUCACAGCUCAAAACUGCCAUCGCUAAACAGGACUGGCCAAUCGACCUGAGCCAUGCCAUGGUUGGCAGCUGCACAAACAGCUCGUACGAAGAUCUUGAUAAAUGCAGACAGCUUAUCCGACAAGCCAAGGCUGCAGGGACUCUUAAGUUCAAGGUACCAUUCCUGUUGACACCAGGUAGUGAGCAGAUACGCGCAACCGCCGAAGCCGACGGCAUCCUGGGUGAAUUGAGGGAGGCCGGUGCCAUCGUGCUUAGUAGCUCAUGUGGACCAUGCGUUGGAUCAUGGGACCGCAAGGAUGUGGACGUCAAGGGCAAAGAGAAAAACUCGGUUAUUUCCAGUUUUAACCGCAAUUUUAUCGGUCGGCAUGACAGCAACCCUGCCACUCAUUCAUUCGUGACUUCGCCAGAAAUGGUUACGGCCUUCGCUUACUCUGGUCGGCUUGACUUUAACCCCAUCAUCGACGAAGUCAUCGGAUCCAGAUCGUCGUUCAAAUUCGAGGCCCCAAUUGACCAGGAGCUACCACGGCACUUCGAAUCUGGCAUGGACACAUUUCAAGAACCACCCGCUGACGGCUCCUCCUUUUCAGUUUCUGUGGACCCCAAGUCGGAUCGUUUGCAGCUAUUGAAGCCAUUCGACAAAUGGCAGCCCGGUAGUGCCAACGACAUGGAGAUUCUUAUCAAGGUUUCUGGAAAAUGCACAACGGAUCACAUUUCACCCGCAGGCCCAUGGUAUAAAUAUCGUGGCCACCUUGAGAACAUCAGCAACAACAUGCUUACCACCGCAACGAAUGCCGCUCUCCCUAAUGACCCGCAGUUACUUGGACACACCAGAAACCCUCUGACAGGAGAGGUAGAUGUCGUACCGGAAGUCGCUCGGCAAAUGCAAAAACAAGGUGUAUGUUGGUGCAUCAUCGGCGAUAAUAAUUAUGGUGAAGGUAGCUCUCGCGAACAUGCAGCACUUGAGCCACGAUUUUUGGGAGGAACGGCGAUCAUCGCACGCUCGUUUGCACGCAUUCAUGAGACGAAUUUGAAGAAGCAGGGCAUGCUUCCACUUACGUUCGAUGAUCUUGCAGAUUAUGACCGCAUCGCGGAUGGAGAUCGAAUCUCCUUGAUUGGAGUUGAAGAGGGUGAGCUCCAGCCCGGCAAGUGCGUCACUAUGAACGUAAAUAGCAAAGAUGGCUCGACCUGGGAGGCGCGGCUAAGCCACAGCUUCCACCAAGGGCAGCUUGCUUGGUUACGGGCUGGUAGCGCUUUGAACCAUAUCAAGACCAUAACAACUGCCAGAUAG